AUGAGUCCGUUGGAUAAUGGCAGUGUCCAACACCACAUUACCCUUUCGAGGAAAAUCAUUCCCUACUUGCAAAUGUCUGUCUCCUUUGCCAAUAUCUUGGGGAAAAAGUUCGGAACUCCAAGUACAUCUGUGGCCAACAAAGGCACGGCCGGCCCCGGGGUCCUUUUCCCGCUGCCUCAGUUAGCAGACACAUUUUAUCUUUAUGGUGCUAUGAAUAUCGCAUCCAUGGCAAACCAAGGUAGAGGCCGCGGACGUGGCAACCAUAAUAACAACAACAACCGUAACGGCAACGGCAACGGCAACGGCCAUGGUAACGGAAAUCGCAGCAACCGCAGUGGGAACGGCAAUGGGAACGGUAACCGAAACUGGGACGACAACAGUAGCCGCCACCGGAAUGGUGACAGAAACAACGGUUGGAAUAACAGCAGGGGUAUCAGCAAGGCUGGUAGAUACAACAAUAACGGUGGCAGCAGCAGGGGCAGGCCGAGAAGCGCUAGCCCAAAGACUUUGAAGACCUUAGUCUUGGACACUUUGAGGGCUCCGGCAGAUGCCAUUGACCCAAAACCAUUCAUCGAGUUGUCGGUUGCCACCUCCCUGGCGGGGGGCUUGUUGAUUGACACACUCGUUCAAUUGGAUUUCACUAACCGGGAGAUAGCCCGAACACUAGCGGUUCCGUUGAGCAAUCUGCUGCAGCUCCACAGCAUAACCCGGUUGCUGAUCGAUGGAAACAGGGAGCCUGACGCCGAAGGGGACCACCCCAUGUUUGACUCGGAUGCCGAGGAGCCGGUCGAGUAUGGCCAGAGAACUAAUCGUCUAGCAAGGGGCGAUGGGCAGAAUGGGCAGAAUGGGCAGAAUGGGCGAUCCAACAUCAGCGAGAAUCAACUUGCCCUUGCGAAAUUCAUCGCGAGCGAUAUUGGGGUGGUUUGA